UCCAUGCCGAAGGUGCCGGCAGAUCCCGCAAAAGCAGCGGCGUGAGCGGAGAGCCAGUCGGAAGAUUUUCUCAUCCGAGAAACCGUCUCCUUUACUGGUCCCUGUGUAGUAAUAUCUCUGAUUACCAUGUGAUCCCAUCCCAGUACCAAGUAGGAGCGACGCGAUGGUCGUGAACGACAACGGGAUGCGUGACGACAGAACUGUGGAUAGGAAGGGCGAUUCAUGUUUCGACUAUUACAGCAGGUGCAUUUGGCUGCUUGUACGAGGGCGCUGGGGCGACCAAGCAAUUGAUACUGUCUCAAUGACAACUGGGUCUACCGCAUGCAGUGUACAGUCCUACGGUGCUAUUAUUCGAGCAGAGAGCUGGAGUGGAAAGCUUCAGCCAAAUAUUUCCAGGCGGACAGACGCCAUCUGGUCUUCUGACUAUGUGCACGCCAUGGUGACACGGUGCCACCCGACCGCAUCGCUGACUGGCUCUGCUGCUGCGCGUGCUCAAGGAGACAAACUCCCAAAUCGUGGGUAUCCGAUACCUGGUGCUACCGCCGACCGAAUCCGGUCAACCGAAGAGUACCUGCUGAGCAGAGUGUCUUGUACAUGUGGCCACGAUGGUUGGUGUUGUGCAGCAUGGUUGGAUUGGAGUUCUGGUCGAAGUCAGAGGGAAUGGGCUUUGGUUUGUCCUGCAGGUGACUAGGACGAUCCUUUUUCUUGGGUGACAUGGCUACCGUAUAUACAUCAGUUUUUUUUCUUUCCACGACUCCAUGCAGGUCUCAUGUUUGUGUCUAUAGUAUAUUACCGGUGCAGUUUAGAAUGUUGCCUAGGGUUUGCGACGCAAUUCGACACGAUUCUGUGAGAUUUCUGUGGUG